GGACGCGGCAUUUGCCUUGACCAUCGUCGAGACUCAGGCUACCAUCACUCCAAACCCUCCUCAAAAUAAAGUCACCCUUGCGGCACGCAUAUAUCGCUCAUGAGUACUAUAACUGAUGUCUCCGGAAAGCUUGGAGAGUACAUGCUGAAGGGCUGGAUCCUCACAGAUACAUCCUGCCCUACACCCGGCUGUAGGAUCCCACUCAUGCGUUCACCAAAUGGGACAACUCCACAAACCUAUUUUUGCGCCAACUGCGAUGGAUUUUCUCAGCCAUCAACCUCAGCAGUAUCCGAUGCUCUGUCCCAAACCUCUAGCAACUCGUCUCACUCAGAGUAUAAUCGCUCUUCUACCCCUCCCACAGAAGUAACGAGCGCUCUCAGCUCGCCCACAUUCGCGCCUGGAGUAGAAACAGAGGAGGCACUGCGUCGUAGACAGCAAUCAGACUUCGCUUCGGCGGAAAUUGGCAAGCGCCUUCUGAAAGGAUGGGCCAUGCUUGGAGAAGAAUGUCCCAACAUCAGAUGCUAUGGUGUGCCUCUCGUUCGACCCCCUAGGACGGGCGGCGACAGAAGCCCACUCAAGGAGUGCGUGGUGUGUGGGACGUCGUAUACAACCCAAACAGAUGAACAAGGUUGGGAGCGCUUGGUAUCCGUCAACCCCGCGCCUCAGGUGACCCAACCACGGGGAGAGACGUCUGCAUCAACGCGAGGCUUGAACACACAUAUGUCUGACCACGACAAUGGAUCCUCUAACUCUCGCGUUGCUAGACCUUCAGUACCCCCUAUUAAUAUAGAAACACAACAGGAUAGCAUGGUUUCAUCGUUGGCCGUUCAAAGGCCACAUGCGGCCUCGACACAGGAUAUACAAACUUCAGUCUCUGCUACGGCUUCUGCUCUAACUACAUCAUCACGAUCUUUGGAAAUGACUCUCCAAGUUCUCUCGCGAAAACUCAAUUCAUUGUGCAACGACCCUGCAAUGGUGGAUCCUUCUUCCGUUUCAGUGACCGCUGAUGCUAUCAGCAAAGUGACCCAAGCUCUUGCAUCUGUCAAGCAACUGCAAUGGAGUGAAAGCCAGGCCCAAGUGAUGUCAUGAUAAAAAUAGACUUCUCGACGUAUGGUUCGCCAUCCAAAAAUUGCUUGACAUGUCUGCCUCUCAUCAGAGUUUACUGCCACUAUUUUCUAACAUAUCACGGCUGACUGCUCCCUAACUGAUAUAUGAAAAUGGUGCCUACCUUCAGCAUU